AUGUGCAAUGUGUGCUGCAAAGAAUUCAAAGGAUGGUGCAAGUCCUUCACCAAAACAGAAAUAGCUUUGAGUCUUUUACAAGCUACACUUUUGGUCAUAUUUAUUUCUUUUCUAAUUUUUUUAAUAUUGCACUUUAUUGCAUGUCUGAAUAAUGAAGUAACAAUAAAUUCAAACAUAACUGAAAAAAAUACAUCUAAAUCUACAGCCACAACUGUUAUAUCAACUUUAGAUCCAGCAAUAGAGUGUACUUGGAAGCCAUCAGAAAAAACAAAAGCUUCAGCACAUUAUUAUGAAAAAGAUUAUACUCCUGUUAGUAUUUCAAAUUAUGAAGAAACUACAAGUGUUGACAGUAAUAUGAAUUCAAACACAUCAACUACAGGCAUUAAUAAUGAUUCAAAAUCAGAAGAAUUCUCACAUGAUAAAAUUGCAGAUAAUGUCAAAAAAGGUUUUCUUCUUGCACUUGUAAAAAUACAGUCUCUUCAAGAUGUAACAUUUGGAUGUGUCUUAACUAUUAUAUCUGAAUAUUGGACCCUGACAGCAGCCAGUUGUAUUGAAUCAAUUGAAGAGGUUGAUGCUUUGGACUCUUUUGUAAUGUUAGAGGAGUAUGGAGAAAAAAACUUAGGAAAAACUCACACGGUGUCAGAUGUUCUGAUACAUCCAGAGUAUCAGGGCACAAACAAGAAUUACGACAUAGUAGCUUUAAAAUCUGAAGACAAACUGUUGAAGAAAGGCCAACCUGUAGUGAAACUGCCUACUAUGUUGGAGUUUCUCAUGGUAACCAUUGGCGAACAACUAAGUCUUCUUGGGUAUGAAAAGUUUAGCGGGGAGGAGUCCGGUGGCGCGGGCUCGGUGCGCGUGCGGCGCGUGGCGAGCGCGCAGUGCGGCCAGUGGGCGCUGCGCCACCUCGUGCGGCCCGCGCCCGCGCCCGCCGCCAGCUGCGGCGCGGCGCCGCUGUGCGUGCGCGGUGCGGGGGGCGCGGGCGCGGCGCCCGCCGCCUGCUACUGCGCCGGCGCGCUGCUGCUGCGCGCCGACACGGCGCUCGGCGUGCAGGCGGGCCCCUGCGUCGGUUGCGAGCCCGCGCUCUACGUCAAUCUCGCUCACCUCGCCGACUGGAUACACGCACUGAUUGCCGACGCUCAAUAA